AUGAAGGAAGAAAUUGAUAUGUUGAAGAGCAAUAUUAAGGGCGUGGAAAAAAGUGUAGAUGAAAUAUGGGCGACCAUUGAAGAUAUGAAAGAGGCAACCAAAGCUCUGAAAGACUCUAAAACGGUACAGGAGGACGAGAUGCAAGAACUGCGAGCGCUUCUUACAAAAACCAAAGCUGAGCUAAAGGAGGAAAGAGACAAAGUUAUAGAGCUGGAAGAUUAUACUCGGCGCGAGAAUCUAAAAUUCCACAAUAUCCCAGAAUCAGAAGAAGAAGGUGUUAACCACUCGCCGAAACAAGUUAUUCUCAGCAUUUUGCAGAAGGAAUUGCAAAUGGACAGUGCACAAAUUCGAUUUCACGCAGUGCAUCGAAUUGGCAAGCGAAAAGAAAACAAACACAGACCGAUCAUUGCUCGCUUCGUUUGCCGAGAAGACAGAGAUCAGGUUUUCGCCAAGAAGAAGGGAAUUAAAGAGAGCAUAUGGUUCAAGGACGCUUACAUAACCGCCGAUUAUGCAAAAGCUAUACAAGAUGAACGAAGGAAGCUAAUAAAGGCGAUGUUCCAGGCAAAGGAGCAGGGUUCAGAGGCCAAAGUGGUUGGUAGAUAUCUGUACAUAGGAGAACUAAAGUAUGAUGUAACAAAUAUCCCUGAGGAUUUUAAGUCGAUCAAAGAACGAACAUAGAUCCGUUCAACUAAUUUACGGUACUACUGGUGCAAUACAACAACAACUUCUUUAAGUCAGAUUGAAGCUAAUUAGAUUCUGAAAAACACAAUAUUUAAAAUUGUCGAAAGGUUAAUACCUUCUUAAAAUACUUCAUUUGAGUAUCUCAAGGGAGUAUGUUUCGGCUAGUGUUUUGGUGGUUAACGUGUGUCCCUGUAUCAUUUUCUUUUUCUUAUCUUUUAGUGUUGUAUUUGAGAUUUUUUCGAGUGUUUUUCUAUUCUAAUUUUCGCUUACUGUGUUUAUAUAUUAAUUUUAUCUAUGCACAAUCAGUAUCCUUUACUUGCUUUCAAAGUAUGUCUACAUUCACGCCUUCGUUUGUUCAAUUACGCGUUCGGCUCUUUUGUUUUCAGCUAUGCAGUCCCACAAUUUGCAUACAGUGACAUUAGUUGUUCAGUGCUUUUAAACUAAUAUCGCUUAAUGUGAAGGGCUUAAGUAAUUUCCGCAAAAGAAGAACCAUCUUUCUCUGGUGUCGUAAACGUAAAGCAGACCUUGUUUUUUUAAAAGAGACGCACUCGAUCGCUGCAACAGAGAAUCAAUGGAGAAAUGAAUGGGGUACUGAGAUGAUAUCUUGUCACGGUAGUUCUAAUUCGCGGGGUGUUGCGAUUUUGUUUAAAAAUGGUAUUGAUUGCAGCAUUAAUCAUAAAAUUGUGUACCCCGCAUGUCUGUGGAUAACAUCAUACUAGGAAGAGAUCUAAAUUGUCCCCUGGCGAUCCAUUACUCGACAAAAAAGGCGGAGCAAGUACAAAAAGGAAGUCAGUUAUCUCUUGUGUCGAAGAUUUCAAAAGUAAAUUAGAUUUAGUGGAUAUCUGGAGAUCCAAAAAUCCAGACGCAAAAAGUUUUACGUGGAGUCAAAAAUCUCCCCCAGUGUUUUGUCGUCUCGAUUACUGGUCGAUAUCCAACAAUCUGAGCGAUUUUGUUGAAUUGACCGAAAUAAUCCCGGCUGUACGAACAGAUCAUGAUGCAAUUUCUUUAGAACUCGGAAAGUUAGAGAACGAAUUGAAAGGGCCAGGAAACUGGAAAAUGAACUGCUCACUGUUAGAUGAUGAAGACUACGAAGAAGAUAUAGCCAGGAUGAUUCCACUUUGGAUAGCGGAAGGACAGAAAGAAUUUACAGAUAAUCGAAUGAUAUGGGAUUGGAUUAAAUAUAACAUAAGAGCUCAUGCUAUUCAAUACUCUAAAAGAAAGGCAAAAGAAAGGGGGGAAAAGGAACUAGACCUUCAGGAAGAAUUAACUAAAGCAAAGAGUAAACUUGAAAAUAAUCCA